AAAAUUAGGCACAGGUAACUUGAAAUGUAAAUUAGAAUCGACUCGUCACCUAAUUUCAAAGAUUUUCAUUCGGUAGGUUAUAUUAUCUGUUACAUACCCCGUGUGCUGUCAUGGUGCCGUAUGUCCGUGGGUUUUAUUAUUUUCAACUAUUUUUCGUGAAAUCAUGUUAAUUUGUUCACAAAUAAAAACAUGUCACUAAAAGAAAGUCUUCUAGAGCUAGGCUGGCACUUAAGCCAGGAAGGCGUUGAUACAAUAAGUGAAAAUGGUGAAAUACAGGAUGUAAAUAUUCUUAGCAAAAAGGCCUUAGACCAUGACUUGAGGGACAUAGGCGACGCUGCGUUGCCUGAGGACUUUACGAAGGAUCCGUCUAAACUAGAGAAACCAGUGAUUGUUCAAAUUCAGAAAAUACGUAACGUGUCUGCGCCCAAAGCUAAUGAGGAAUCAACGUCCGCACCUCGCAUGCUAAAGUUAACGUUACACGACGGAAAAUCAACAUGCACAGGCCUAGAAAUUAGCCCUAUAUCAAGCAUUAGUAUAAACACUCCACCGGGAACUAAGUUAAUGUUAAAUAAUGAAGGCCUUGAAGUAUGUCAUGGUAUAGUCUGGCUCACACCCAGUGUGAUAACCGUGUUGGGCGGGAAAGUCACGCAUAUGAUCGAAAAAUGGGAACUCAAUAGAAGUUUAGCCAAGCACACCAGGGGUGGCAUAGGAGCCGAUGGAGGACCACCACCUUGGAUUCCAUUUGGACAGCGGUUAGAAGCAUUGAUGGUUGAUAAACAAUUCAAAAGUCUCCAAGAAGCUUCUAAACAGGAUAAUGCUGAAUUUGAGGCUCAAAGGAAGGGGGCCAUUGCUGAGGCACAAAGAAUGUCUGGAGUGAAAAAGGUGUUUGGUGGUGGCACAAAACCUCUGCUUGAUGCAAAUGUUCAGAAAAUUGUUGAUGCUGGUUUCACUGAAGAGCAAGCUGAGAAUACUCUCAAGUACACCAAGAACAAUGUUGAUAGAGCACUGAAAAUUUUGCAAAAGAGAGAUAAUUCAGAAAACCGUAAAGAUAAUAAACCAAAGGAACAAGAUCCACCAAAACGCAAGGGAAGGAACAAAGAGCCUAAUGAUGAGGAUGGUAUUCCUGUUAAACCCUCUGGAAAAGUUUCCCUAUUUGAUUUCCUAGAGGAUAAACUACCUAAUGUUCCAGACAAAGAUAGGAGUAAUCGUCAAAAUAAUUCCACUUAUGAGGAAAAGAAUGAUAGGAACUAUAAUAACAGAGACAGAAAUAAUCCUAAGAACAAUUCACGAAGUCAUGGUUCCAGAUAUGAUGGGUCCAAUAGACAUAGAUCUGACAACAGGGGUCAUUAUGAUAACACACAUUCCUCACAUAGGGAGGACAGGAAAUAUCAGACACAGAGUGAAAAACCCCCAAGGUUCCAGAAGAAAUUGGAGGAAAAGAAUAAACAGCAACAGCAGCAGCAUCAACAACAUCAACAGCACCAGCAACAACAACACCAGCAGCAACAACACCAGCAACAGCAGCAGCAACAACAGCAACAGCAUCAACAACAACUACAGCACCAACAGCAACAACAGCAACACCAACAAGUGGUCAAUGUUAACUUACAAUACAGCAAUGUUUACAACAGCCAAAUGCAACAGCAAAGUCACUACAAUGACAGGAACAUGAGGUCUGACAGGAAUUUGAGUGACAACAAAGUUCAACAACAACAGCAACAGAGUUACAACCGUAACAUGAACACUAUGGAGAACUUAGUUGAAGCUGCAGCUAACUUAAAUUUACUAUCAAAUCAGAGACCAGAGGAGUCACAGCAAUCUCGCAAUUACCAACACCAUGCUGACCAAUACCCACCGAAGCAUUCUUAUGUGCCAAACCAGAACUUAGGGGAUAUACCGCCAUUCAGGCGGAAUAGCGAUUUGCCAAAGUACCAGGAGGCGUACCAGCGCAGGCAGCAGCAACCAAACGGUUACCUCGAGCAACAAGCACCUCUGUAUGCUAACAUGAACUAUAUGGGCGGGGCGCAGGGCGGGUACGGCGGCCGGCAGUACGGGUAUGGGGCCAGACCCCAGGAGUAUAACAUGCGUGGAGGUGGGCCCUUUUUACCAGGUUCCUUGCUAGGCUUCCAAAACGCGGCCGUCAACGAACAGGCACGAGCCAUGCUCGGUGUAGCCGAGAUCAACUGGAAAGUCGGUGACCGAUGCCUCGCGCUUUACUGGGAAGACAACAAUUACUAUGAAGCAGAGAUAACGGGUAUAUCUGCCAACACCGUGGUAGUCAAAUUUUGUGCGUACGGAAAUCAUGAAGAAAUUCUCAAAUCAAACUGCUUGCCCUAUCCUAACCAAGCGUCGAACGUGAACGGCGGCGGGUACAUGUCGCGCGCGGGCGCGUUCGCGCGGCGGCCGUAGUGCAGCGCCGCGGCGCCGCGCCCCGCCGCCCCGGCCGGCAGCUGACGACGCUGACGCCGCGCGCCCGCCACUGUCUGCGCUGCGACACGGCUGCAGCUGGUGCACGAGUCGCCCACGCGGGUGUCGGUGGCGGCGCUGGUCAGCUGUGACGUCACCAGCGUCGAUGUUGCGCAGUGCCGCGUGGAGUACGUCCGGUUCGAGCACGCGUCGCAGUGGACGCAGUGAGCAGAGCUUAUUUUUUUUAUCACGAACUUUAAAGUGGCGAUUAGUUUAUUUAUAAACUUUGUGUUGUGUAUUUCAUAAUUGCGCACCUUCCAUCCAGUGGUAAGUGAAUGUGGCAGCUGUAUUUUCGUUGUGUGAGUUGUCUGACAGUUCACACAGGUUGUGUGCAUCGUUUUUUUUGUCACCUCUGAUCACUUUUCAAGGGAUGGUGGAUCCUCGCGCUCGGCGCAGUUCCUCCUCUUACAGCAAGAUACAUACAGAAAUUGUUAACAGUUUAUGUUUUUCCCUUCACUUUUAGCUCUCUCUGCAAGUAUAUUAUGGAAGCAAGUACAUUUGUUAAAUGGAUACGUUUUGUUUUACAUUCAUUGGAACUGCGUAGCUCGUGAAACAUAUAGUUUAACCCUCUUAAAUGUCUAAAUACUAGGAAAAAAUAAUAUAAUGUAAUAUGUAACGCCCAUGCAUUAUUGUUAAUUUAUUAUCAGUACGGGGGCUUCGCUUCGCGUAUUUCAUUAAGGCAUCAACAAAGUCCAUGAAUUUAUUUUUAAACAUUUAGCAGAUUGAUCUUUGGCAGGCUACUUUGUUGAUGCCGUGGUGUGGGGAUAUUCGUAUUGCUUAUGUCUCGGGCCCAGCAACUGCUCCACGGAACUAGUAGGAGUAUUUUAAACAAGUGGAUAUUAUUUUGUAUAAUAAGAAUAUCUAAAUUGUUUGGUGGUUCGUUGGUUAUGGUUGUGGGAGCAGCGGGCCGCGAGGUCCCGCACAGUGGGUCGCGCAGGAGCCCCGUACGAAACCAAUGGCGGUAGAGCGUAGCUUGUAUAAGUGUAUUUUGUUGUAUUUAUAGCGCAAAAAGUGUAAUAUAUAAUUAUUUUUCAGAUUUGAGAUAUUUGUAUUUGUUUUUAUUUUAACCAUUUGUAAUAUAUGAUUUUGUAAAAUCACCGGAUGUUUAACUUUCGCUGCGUUUUAGAGUUGAAAUAAAUUGCGUUACAUAAAUGAUUUGCUGACUAUAUUGUGAACUAUCAUUAUGGAAUCAAGUAGUAGUUGCGACUAUAUAACGAUACGUUCGUCACGCGAGUUGUGUACCAAAUUGCUCGCUUGAUAUGAUUCGGACUCGAUAAAAUAAAUGUUCAUUAUAAAUGUAAUGUAGGGUUAAAUGUAAUAAAAUGAUCAACUAAGUGUGCGUGUGCUCGCGCCUUAUUCUAAAAUGUACUUUGGUUUGAGUGACGAUUAUAUUUAAAUACAAUAUAUUUUUUAUGCUUUUUAUUGGGCAAAGAUUAGUAAUAUUUUUAAACUAACAUUUUGACUUCGUAUAUUCAUUCGUAACAAUCGGGUAUACAUAUAUCCGCCAUUUUGUUUUUUUUUUGCAAUAUGUCAGCCAUAAAAACAGUGUUGCAUCUAACCAAAGUACCCAUAAAAUUCUAUGUGUCGUAAACUUUACUAAAUUAUAAAGUAUUAACUAAUCCCUGAGUCUGUCGCUUGUACCAGAUGUUUUCUGUACACCAAAGCUCAAUUAAGAUGUAUCACCUUAGCUGUAAAUAGAAAAAUACUAUCAGGGUUGUCACGCGUCGAUAACUAAGCCAAAACUGAUGGACUGACGGACUGAUGGCUGGAUCCAGUGUCGUAGUUAAGGGGACUGUAUUGACAUAUCAUUUGGUCAUUCAUAUUCUUGCCAUGCGUUACUAAACCAUAUUUUUUUGUUAUAACGUUUAUUUUAGCUUUGUGAAAUUGUUUCAAGUAUUCUAAAUAUUUACGGUUCUAAGUAUUUUAAGUCAAAUAUAAUAUUUUCGCAAACAUUUGUAUCGUAACAUUGGAAAGCGUCCCUUAAUACUGGAACAUUUUACUAUUGUAUUAGCCCCUGGCUACGGCACUGUGUGGUUACAUUACUUGCUUAAUUGAAGAAUGGGAGCCGAAUAUCGUCUUAUUUGUGUAUGAGUUCGAUUCCUAGCUUGAGCAGCGACAGUUUUUGCGAGUUUUGAAUAUUCGAAAAUCAUACCUUCUAUUUAUUAUCAGGCGAUUACAUGGCAAACCGUAGUUGUAUUUCUGCCUACACCUUUUAGAUGUAUGAAUUAUGUUACAUUAAGUGUUCUAAACCAAAAUGACGUCAUUUUUAUCUCCUAUGCCUUGCUUCAGUUUAACCUAAGGUAAAAAAUAAUAUUGUAAUUUCGGAGCCCAUUCUUCCAAGUAAACAAGCACCUGCAUGUUUGACAGAUCAUUAAUUGUCCUAUAUUACAAUAAGUGUAUUUGAUAUCCAUUGUAAUAUUUUUCAUAGUGAUUCAGUGUCGUCAAUGCUGUUGUCGCCGUGGACUCUAGGAAUGUUCAUAUAAAUGUAAAACAUUCGUGACAUUUGUACAUCAACCAGUUUUCUGUUGAGUUGAGGUGGACUUUAUUAACAAAAAGCUAAUAAAACGAAAUUGUA